AUGAGCGACGAUGGCGACCGCACCUGCCCGCUCUGUGCUGAGGAGAUGGACAUCACUGACCAGCAGCUCAAGCCAUGCAAAUGCGGCUACGAUAUUUGUGUUUGGUGCUGGCACCACAUCAUAGACAUGGCUGAGAAGGAGGAAACAGAGGGCCGCUGCCCUGCAUGCCGCACACGCUAUGACAAGGACAGGAUCGUCAAGAUGGCUGCCACUUGUGACAGGACGGUGGCAGAGAAAAAUGCAGAGAAGAAGCACAAGGCCCAAAAGGUUAAGCCAAAGGCAGCACCACCAACAACAGCAAUGUCAACCGUAGAAUCUAAGAAGCAUCUGGCUAGUGUCAGGGUUAUCCAGAGAAAUCUGGUGUACAUAAUUGGGCUACCUGCGCAUUUAUGCAACGAGAGCGUACUUGAGCGCAGGGAAUACUUUGGUCAAUAUGGGAAAGUUUUGAAGGUUUCAGUUUCCCGUCCGACUGGGCCUCCCUCUCAGGCAUCAGCAAACAGCAAUAUUAGUGUGUAUGUCUCUCUGAACCGGCAUGCUUUGGUACUACGAAGUAUUGCCAUGCAUGGCUGCGAAACAUGGACUAGAGUCCCCCAGAUGGCAUCUAGUGUUUCACAAAGACGUACAGGCACUGUGUUGCCUCCUCCAGGAGAUGAUUUCUCUUACAGUGCAGUGGUUUCAGCCAAGCAUACAUUCAAGAAUGGAACACUUAAUACCACCAACCAGCCCAGACUUUCACCUCCAAACAGUAGUUCUGGGAGGUCCACACUUCCACCAGCUGCCUCAUGGGGGCAGCGCGAUUUGAAUGCCAGGACAACAGCUACUGGGGCGACAUCAUCACAAUCUCAUACAAAACCUAAAUCAGAAUCACAGAGUAAUCCAUUUUCAAGUUCUUCAAUAAUUUCUAGUACAAAAACACCCUCUUCGUGGAAUGAUGAUACAAGUACAGCAACAAAAAUGUCUGAAGGACAGCAAGUGUCAGAAAAAGAGUCUAAAACCUUACAGCCGUAUAAGCCUGGUAUUUCAAAGGAAACACAAGCUCUAUCAUCACUGGACAUAGAUUUCUCGACAAUACCUUCAGCUUGGAAUGAUGAUGACAUUGUAGUAUCAGAUGGGAUAUCAAAAGGAAGCGAUGAAAAUCAAGUUGCAAAUGAAAAUGGCGAGCUAACCCAUCCAGCAUCUAAGCCACUGGUUUUAUCUAAGAAUGACAUAACAAUGAACAACAUUACCAGCAAAAGUCCUUCAGAUUUUGUAUCAAGUCUAGCAAUAUCUAAAUCAGAUGUAAGUACGAGUGAUGGUGACCACUCACUUACCAAUAUUACUCCUAAAAGCCUUACUUCAAAGGCUGUAGACUGCCAAUCUAGUCAUGCUGCUGGGGAGAAAAUAUUGGAGGAUAUUGGAUCCAGGAACACUGACAUGGAGAAGCUAUCUGCUGAGAUAUCUUCAGUAAAAUUAGGUGGCAACAAUGAUAUUCAGAGUAUGGCAGUGCCAUGCACAUCGGUUGAUGUGCCUAUGGAUCAGAAUUUUGACAAAGACCAACCUCAUCCCAAUCUUGAUGAGUUCUUCUUACCUUCAGAAAAUAAGGAUACUAUUCUUUCUUGUCAAUAUAGUUCUGAUAAGCGUCUUGAUUGGAGUUCAGAGCUGCAAAAUUGUGGUGUGACUCCUUUAAAUGAUAUAGUAGAUUCUACAAUGCUCACUGACAAACUUCAUAGUGUACUGCUGGAUGGUUCAAAGCAACCAUCAUAUUCGUCAUUUGCCCAAUUUCCUAGUACAUUAGAUAAUUCGUUGUGGAAUGAUACAGAAAGUAACCCUGCAUUGACGAUUGGCACUAGAGCAUCUUCACAGACAGGGUUUUCUUCAAUAAAUAACACUUAUGUCUUGCCAAAUGAAGGUCAAGAUGGGCUAGGGACUGUAUAUACACAUGGUAAUGUUUCUGGGCAUCCUGGAAUAGGAAGUCAUCAGCAUAGAGCAAUGGGUUCAGAUAGUAUAGGAAGUUUUGACAAGACCAUAAGUGUAAAUAAGGAUGAGAGCAGAAUAAUUUCUGAUAUGUUGUCGUCAGAGUUUAAUCCGUGGGAUGAUUCAUAUUCAACUGCUAACAAUUUUGUUAGGAUGCUUAGGGAAUCUGAAAAUAAUGAUGUCCAUUUCACUGCGCCUUCAUGGAAAUCAGGAACUGGGAGCAAAGAGUCCAGAUUUUCAUUUGCUAGACAGGAUAACCAAGGAAACUUGUUAGAUUCAUCUCUCAGAAACUGUGGUACUGGUACUGAGCAGAAUUUCAGUUUGCUGCCCCAGAAUUCUCGAGGAAAUAUUUACCAGAAUGGCCUUUCAUUCCAAUCUCUAGAAAAUGAUUUUUCCAAUAGCAACUCUCUUGGUGUAUUAGAUAUGGCAACUGCUGGAUUUUCAGCACCAGCAAGAGUCCCCCCUCCUGGAUUUUCUUCUGCAUUUCCAUCCCAGGAUAGUUUGAACCCCACUCCUGGGUUUCCUUCUGGAAUUUCGUCUCAUGAUGGGUCUAUCCCCCUUCCUAGAUUCCCUUCUGCAUUUUCUUCUGGAAUUUCAGCUCAGGAAGUGUCUAAGCCCCCUACUAGACUGCCUUCUCCAUUUUCUUCUGGAUUUUCAUCUCAGGAUGGACCUAAUACCUCUUCUAGGUUCCCUUCUGCUUUUUCUUCUGGACUUCCAUCACAGGAUGGCCUUAAUCCCCCUUCUAGAUUUCCUUUUGCAUUUUCUUCUGGAUUUUCAUCACAGGAUGGGUCUAAUCAGUCAUAUGGCUCAACAUACCAAGACAAUAUUCUCCGGGAUACUGUUUUGGGUGGCAACAGUAAUCAUUACCAAUCUCAGUUUGGAAGGCACUCAAGUGAUAUGGAGUUUGAUGAUCCUGCUAUAUUGGCUGUGGGCAAAGGGCUGAUGCCUGGAAUUGGCGAUUCAGGGCUGGAGAUGAAAAAUUCUCCUGCUUUUCAAGCACAGUUGCAACCAGCAAGUAGCGAUCCAAGGUUUCAGUUACAUGUACAGCCAAAUGUGCAGUCUCAUCAAAACCUGAGAUUCACAGACCCUAUGCAGGAUGGCUUGAACCAUAUGAACGAUAAUUACCUGGCAUCCAGAUUUUUAGCUCAGAACCAUGGUCCUGUAUCCCCUUAUGUGCACAUUCUGCAACAACCCAGAAACUCUCAGGUUACAAAUGGUCACUGGGAUGGGUGGAGUGAUUCGAGACAAGGGAAUAACACCCCUAUGUCAGACAUGUCGAGGGUAUUAUAUCCAAGUGAAGCGAACAAGUUGCACAUGCUAGGUUCAAAUGAUAUCUAUAACAGAACCUUUGGAAUGUGA